CGUGUCGAUAAAGCUUUCAUAACAUCGGAAGCAAUCCUUCCCGUCUGGCGUUUCCCUCGUCGUUAAACAGAAAAGUGCACCGAAGUCGGCAGAAAGAUAUGUCUGACAAAGUGGAGAAGCCCGAGCCCUUCGGGAGGGGUCACAAUAAGGGUGAAGACGACAAGAAGUUUCAAGACCUCAAACCCUCACAGUUCGAUAAAUGCGUGCGUGCAGCCCUGAACAGGUGGAUUUUCUCGAGAGAUUGCCUGAAGGGUGAGGCAUUUCGUCCCCCCUUACUCGGCCCACAAUUUAUCCCGGGAGUUUCAAGCCCUGAGUCUGGAGAAAGAGGAGAGGCCAAUGGAGUGAAGUCCUUGGAUGCCAACAGAUAUGCGACGAAGAAGACUAUUGCGCAGGGGAUGCUGGAUAUUGCACUACUCACGGCUAAUGCAUCACAGUUGAAGUACAUCCUACAGGUGGGGAAGCAGCACGAAUUUUACACCCUGAUGCUCACCCUCAUAUGUGUAUCAAUAGGACUUCAGGCCAUCGUGGGUCUUCUCUUCAUUGCUGUCGGUGGGUUAGACAUCAAUCGAAGGAGGGACCAGUGGGCUGCUAACAUCAUUAACGACGUCAUAUUAAUCGGGGUUUUUGUCAUCAGUCUAACGAAUGUCGCUAUAUCGGGUUUCGGAAUGGAAUUCAGUAAUAAACCGAGGGAGGUGCUCACUGGGGCUAAUUACGCUGUGAGGAGAGGCAUUGCGGUGCCAUUGGAGUAGAUUCUUAGUGCCAUUAAUGGUCUUCGAUUAUUUUCAUGUUUAUUAUUUGUUUUUUUGUUUUUUUUUCAUUUUUAUUCUUUAUUAAUGAAGCAUCGCGAUUGGAUUAAUUCGAAGGGAUUAAUUUGGAUUUUCAUUUUUUAUUUCAUUCAUUUGACAUUUUUAUCUAUUUUUAUUAUGAUUGAUU